ACACAGAAGACUGCCACAGUUUGAGUUUAUGUUGCACGCAUUGACAUUGAUUGCUGAUAUUGUGGAAAUGUUCUUCCUUUAACGACUGGGGCAUCGAGGAGGAGAUACACGCUAAACAACCAUGAGGACACCGACAUGGGCGGUAGCUACAGCAUGGACUGCGCUGCUGUUCAUCACAGCGACUAGAACAGAAGUGUCUGUCGUCAGUCGCCCGGAAAGCAUCACACGUUUGGUUGGUACCUCGUCAUCAUUUACAGUGUCCUUCACCGGAGAACCUGCAGGAGGCAUUUGGGUAAAAGUAACGCCCACAAGAAUCGACUUGACGGGUGGUAGCAGAUAUAUACAAACUGUCAACGGUUUAGAGAGAUCGUUGACUAUAACUAGCGUUGUACUCUCAGAUGGAGGAACAUACACGUACUCCGUCGGCAGCCUCAAUCCUCAAGCCACGUUAACUGUGUUCACCCGUUUAACUAACGACACAAGUGCCGGUGGACAAGAAGGCACUUUUGAGACGCAGGUCACCCCUAACGAGGCAGCUGAAGGCUUCUGGUUGAAAGAUGGUUUUCGUUUGAAUAUUUCCAGUACGAAAUACACCAUCACGAGGACAGCUACCGGACGACGACUGGUUGUAAAUAACGUUGGAAUUGCUGAUGGAGGAGAAUAUACCUUUAACCUGAAUGGUGUCACGACAAGUGGAUAUCUGUCUGUCCAAGCUGUUAUUACAAAUUCCAUGGGAGAUGUGACUGCCCUUGCUGGCACAAGUCCACAGAUGGUAGCAUUUGUCAGUCCUGCUGGUGUCACGUAUGGCGUCUGGAGGAGGGAAGGGGUUGACUUAACAAAUGACAACAGAUAUACGACAACGACACUCGACGCUUCUCAGACACUGACAAUACCAAAUGUGCUGACCUCUCAAGCUGGACAAUACAGUUAUACAGUUGAUGGAUCUACCAGACAGGCUAAUCUUACGGUUUUAGGGCGAAUGGAUAAUUAUACGAGAGGUGUGGGAGAAAUUCAGAGCUUUCUUGUGAACGUAUACCCUGUAAGCACAAAUGGAUCAUGGUAUAGGAACGGCGUACUGCUUACUAAUGGUGCUAAGUAUAUAAUCACACUGAACAUUGGUUCCUAUAGACGCCUUGUUGUUCUAAAUAUCCAAUUAGUAGACGGCGGAGAGUAUGUCUAUGCAGUGAAUGGCAUGGAGUCCAAGGGAUACCUUACAGUCACUGAAACGGCGGAAAGUGGGGGAUUUUCCGAAUGGGGCCAAUGGACUGGUGCUUGUGAACUGACCUGUGGGAGAAGCGCAGUGAAGAACCAGUCAAGGACCAGAAGCUGUGACAACCCUGGGGGGACCAACUGUGUUGGACCCUUGACCCAGACAAUGAGCGUGAGCUGUGGCUUGAGGGAUUGUCCAAUUGAUGGAACCUGGCAACCGUGGCAAGACUGGACUGAACUUUGCCUCGCCUCGUGUGGCAGUGGUGUGAGAGGAAUACGGCAGAGGGAGAGAGAAUGCAAUGAACCCACUAGCGGUGGAAAGCCCUGUUUGGGCGAAAGUCUUCAGUCCAGAUCUUCAAUAUGCAAGUUACCCUCAUGCUAUGCCGAUGGUGGGUUCACAGAGUGGAGUCAGUGGACCAACUCGACGUGUGCCGUGACUUGCGACAUACAAGCCACCAAGGUGGUCUCCAGGAACAGAACCUGCACCAACCCGGCGCCACGGGGAGGAGGCACAAACUGUACAGGGCUGUAUAAGGAAUUUAGGACUGUUAACUGUCCCCUCAGUGCAUGCCCAAUCGACGGUGGGUUUACUGAGUGGACUGGAUGGGGCCCAAUUGUGUGUAAUGCGACAUGUGGGCCUGACGUGACCACCUCGGUCACCAGAAGGAGGACCUGCACCAAUCCACCUGCACAGAACGGUGGGAGACUCUGUAGUGGCGCGUACAGUGAAUCGCGUGCAGUAAACUGUGGUUUCAGCCCUUGUCCAGAUGCCAGUGACCACUUAUGUUCCAAUGUACAACGGUGGAACGAUGUUGGGUAUCGCUACCAUCCAGCCGACUGUGACAAGUACGUUCAGUGUUUCUUCAACCCCCGCGGUAAUGUCCUCGGCGUCUACAGAAGCUGCCCCUUCGGCUUCUACUGGAACCAAGUCACGUUCCAGUGCGAUGAAUCAUGGAAAGUUACAUGUCCUCUUGAGCGGUGCACGGGGACGUGUGCAGCCAGCUAUAAGAUGGAAGGCAGCUGCAGAUCCUACUGGCGGUGUGAUGGAAGGAAAUCAGUGGCCAGAUGUUGUUCCCAGGGAUUCAGCUUCUUCCCUGGUCACGGUUGUCGCGCCAACUACUACUGCGAUGAUGUAUGUCCCCAUCGUUACGGUUUCAGAGAAGUGUGUGCCAAAGGCCCUGACUGGACCGGAACAGCAACAAUCUACAACACCUUUGUUGAAAGCAUUGGGUGGACGUCGGAUUCUUGUGGAUCAGGGACUGUAUUCGACAUUGCUGAGUGUGGCUGCACAGACCAACGUAGCUGCACAGUUACCCAUGCCUUAGACUCACCAAGCUCUCUGUCCUGGCUGCGCGUGACCAACGUGAGCAUCAACUCGGGAAUUGCUACACUAGUCUCUACCAGCCGCAUGUACCUCGACAUCAAGAUGACAGUCAACACUUCAGUUUCUGUCAAGCUCCGUUUCAGGGAGGCACAAGCAGUUUCUGGGAGACGUAUCCUGAUGAGUAGUAGUGACUGCAAGAAGGGCAACAGUUUGCUGAUGACGGUAGAAGAUCAAGGAAUACAGUUCAGUGUGUGGUCCUGGUAUGGGGAUGUCACUAAGAUGACGAUAUCUACCCAGGGUAUGGCACGGUCUGAGUGGAGGACAGUUACUGUUGACUACAACGGACGAGAGUUGUCGGGAGCGGUAGAGUCCGGUCGUUUAACCUACAUAUCAAAAGUCAGGGCCACUAACGCUACCAUCAUGGAGUGUGGUCUUCAAGUCGGAGGAGGUACCUCACCAAAUACAACCACGGCAUUUGUGGGUUCAGUAGACUUGCUACAAGUAUCACGAUGCAACCCGGGACGUACUGUUCUCUGAAAAAAAACUAGUGUCCAGUAUACAUUUUCGAAAGGGUUACGUUUACUUGAAAGAAGCCUUUCCAAAUUAACCAAAGUUUUAGUCUAUGAUUCACGGCUGUACAGCGUCAGAUUUGUGGUCGAUACACAACAGAGCUUCGCAGCGCCACGUGCCAGGCAGCGAUCCUCCCGCUACUAUUAGCUUCAGAGCAGUUUGUGGAGUAGAUUGUGGAAUACAGACAGCAGAAUAACGUUUCGAGCUGGACCUGAAAGGGUUGAGAAAAUGAUAUGAGGACAGAAGAAAUUAACUACAUCGUUACUCUCUUGUGUUAUUAUAAUGCAUCUUCCUGAGGCAAAAAGUCCAGUUUCCACUCUUGCCGGACCUGCCUGGAAUUUCUCAAUCGUAGCGCCGCCAUCAGUGGGGAUUACGAGUUACUUUCCUUCCAUGUCUCUCCUGUUGACCAAUCAGAUCCAACUUGCAUUUGCUUCAAACAAAAUGGCGGCGCCCAGUCAAUGGGUUUUACCUCGCGAAGUACAAGAAAACACUUGCUUAAAAACAUGAAGAGAUUGACGGUACACAUGCUCAUCAAAUUCUGCAAUCGACCGAUAUCCCCAUGGUGUUUGCGAACAGAAUGUCGAUUUCGCUACACGAUUUUGAUUGGACUAUACAUGGACACAUUAGUCCAGCCAAAAUAUAACUCCAAUAUAACUGCCUAGUUCGGCAGGACUAUGUUAUGGUUAAGUUGGUUUCGAUAGAUAUUUACUUCAAGUUGUUAUUUACAAUUAUUGGUUUGAAUAAUUCUCUCAUUCUUUAUCAACUCCAAUUAUGUUUACGGUUAGAAUAAGAAGACAGUGAUUUAAGUGAUAUUAUUUCAGAUCUCUUAUAUUUUUAUUAUGGAUUGACUGUUUUAAUGUACUUGCAUUUCGGCUAUACGCCAUUAUUCCUAAAUGAAUUUAUGUAAAGACUAUAAGAUAACUUGCAUCAAAAUUGGCACCCUUUAAUGGAAUUAUCUUCGAAAUGUAAUUACUAUGUUCAGUACAAAUUUUUUGUUGAACUUUUUCAACAAAAGACAUUCCACAUUACAUAUAUAUAAAGUUUAGAUGUAAUAAUUUCCGUUAAAAAGCGGAACUUGGAAGAUACAGUUACACUCCCCAUAAUGAACGAUUCUGCUUUAAUAAUUUCUGUUUGUCCAAACACUCUAAAUAUAUUUGAAGAUGAAUACCAUGUGAUGUUUUAUGUAAACGAUAUGCCACAAAAAGAAGAAAGGAUCUCCCGUCAUAUUACACUGAAUAUCUAUCUUUUUAUGAAAUACGCACAGCACAAGUUAUAAUAUCUAAUAUGGGUUUGUUCUCAGCAUAAACCUACAAAUCACCUAACACCUAAUACCAGAGAUCAUAUAAUAGAUUAAAUGGUCUCUGCUAAUACCUUUUGUCAUGAAUGAAAUAUAU